AUGACGAAAGCAGAAGCUCAGGAGAUGCUGAUUGCUGAGCUGUGGGCUGAUCCCGAUGAUGCCCUCGAGGAGGUGGAGAGGACUCAGGGGGCCCACGUUAGGUUUAGCUUCCUUCAGAGGCAGUAUGACUUAGAGCUCACUGCGGCACACCAGGCUGAGGGAGACGACUUAGAGCAGGCUAAGCAUAGAGAGCGGGCGCUGAGGUGCUACUUCCUAUGUUUGAUAGGCACCCAGCUCUUUGUGGACACGAGCUCGAUGUACACAGACGUCGUAUACCUUACGUACUUAUCGGAUAUAGCAAGUAUCCAUGAGUACAACUGGGGAGCGGCUGUACUGGUGUACAAUUACUACAGACUGGGAGAGGGAUGCCUGUGGAAGGCAAGAAUCGUGGCGAGCAGCUCUUGGAUACUACAACACUUCCCAGACAUUAUUGGCUGGGAAGAGGUGCCCACCUACACAGAGGUAAUGUCGCAUGCCAGUCAUUUCAUCCCCCGCAGAAGGAACCAGAAUCCGGAUCCAUACAGGCACGGUCUUGACCGCAUGGCCGCCGAGGACAUCAGGUAUGUCUACUAUGCUGCGCAUCAGGAGACAGUUCCGUUUGACGAGAUAGCUCUGUACUCCGGAUGGUUGGCUGCCAGCUCGACCAUUGUUGUACGCUAUAUUCCGGAGUGCAUCAUACGGCUAUUUGGAUUUAAGCAGACGAUACCUCGCGAUCCUACUGCCUCAGCUCCUAUCUCCAUGACCCGCAUGCUAUUAAAGGAGGUCUUCGCAAAUUGGGAGCAGCACGUGGUCCCUGAAGAGGAACGGGCGACACCAUCAGAGCACGAUUGGAGCUGUGCCGAGGGAUACAUCUCCUGGUACUACAGAGUCUCACACCCUUACAUUCCUCGAGCUGCCGGGGGAGGUCCGCCUAAACCAGCCCACGAGUAG